AUGCGGCUAGCCAACGAGAGCGACUUGCAGGAGCGCUUGUCGUACAUCCAGCAGUCCGCCCACCACGAAGACCACGACUUGUUGGAUGAAUACAGCGAAGCCAAAAGCCCUCGGCCAGUGGACGUCAGCGGCGCGCUGGUUCCCGGGGGCGCCCUGAACCUGUGCUCCAUGGAAGCGAUGGGGUUGUUCGCCCAAUACGCCGCCAUUGGGGUCGUCUUCAGCAUGAUUCCGUCGCUUAACUACCCCAUUUUCAACGUGUACCUCAACAUGGAAGGCUACCAAACGGCUGCGUACACUGUGCUCGUGACGUUAGGGUGGUCGUUCAAGGUCGUGUUCGGGAUGUUGUCGGAUUGCUGCCCUAUCUUUGGCUACCGCCGCAAGUCGUGGAUGUUGAUUGGGUGGGGCGUCACCAUGAUUUGCUUGGCCGUGAUGGCGUUCUCGGACGUAGGGCCCCCGUUCUGCAAUCGGGAGAAUGUCCAGUUCGCAACCUACUGCGGUAAACCGUUGGAAUCGGUGCCCCCAGACGUCCUCGAGGCCAAUUUUAACUUGGGGGCACCAGACAAUGGCUCGAAAUUCAUUUUGCUGUCCAUGGUGGUAUCGUUCGGCUAUGUGUUGGCUGCCUGUGCGUCGGAUGCAAUGGUUGUCCAGUAUGCGCAACGUGAACCGGAAGCCAUACGCGGCCGCGUGCAAACCGCAGUGUACACGGUGCGCACGGUCACUGGCAUGGCGGCGGUCGCAGUCGUCACGUUUGGCCUGAACGGCGCCAACUACAACGGGUCGUUCUCGUUUGCGCUGUCGCCCAACGUUCCGUACGGCAUCUGCUUGGCGCCUUGUGUGUUGGUGUUUUGCACAACGAUCUUCCUCUUGGUGGAAGAAAAGAGCCCCGCGAUCCCCCUGCGAGUGUGGUGCGGCGACUUUUGGGGGUUGUUGCAAAAGCGAGUGAUGUGGCAAAUCUGCGCGUUUCGAUUCAUCAACAACACGUUCAACUGGGUCGGGGCGACCCCUUCGUCCCCGAUUCAGACAUAUUGGGCCAAAGUCACCCCCCUCAACGACUCGCUGUCCAACAUGAUUGGCAAGGCCAUCUUUGCCACCACGCUGGCAAUGGUGGCCAAGUGGGGGCUGCAUUGGAACUGGCGCUGGAUCAUUGCGUUGGGUUCCGUGGGGGUGGUCGUGGUCGAUGCGAUCGUGAUCUACUUGACGAUCUGGGAUGUCGUGCGCAACCAGUGGUUCUUCACGGGCGUCGGGUUGAGUGAGAACAUUCCCGAUGGAGUUCGCUUUAUCGUGGCCACGUACUGCGCUGUGGAAGUGGCAGACCCUGGAGUCGAAGGCGCAACAUAUGGACUCAUCACGACUAUGAACAACCUCGCAGCCCCGCUCGCUUCGGUCAUUUACAAGUUCGUCGACUCGUACUACGACGUUACGAACAAUGACAUCAAGGCCGACACCACGCAUGUCCGAUGGGACGCCACGUAUGUGUACUUGAUCUCGUACGGAUCCAAACUGUUUGCGUUGGUGUGGCUGUUCAUGCUGCCUCCACAGAAACGGGAAGUUCAGGAGCUCAAGCGUCACGGAGGUACAAGCAAAGUUGCUGGCGCGGUGCUGAUUGCGUUGUUUCUUGGAGCGUUGUCGUUCUCGAUGGUGAGCAAUUUUAUGUCGAUCUCUCCGUCGACCAAGUGCUAUCGUAUUGCCGGCGGCAACGGCAAGACUGACCCGACGACUGGCGGGUGUCCUACACCAAAGACUUAA